AUGAAGAUUCACCAAGAUGAAACAAGUGAAGCACUUUGUUUCAGUUUCGGAGUCGUGUCCGAAGAAGGAGGCUUAAAUCAAUUCCGGAAAGCAACAUCGCGAGAAGAAGGUCCGUACUACACCGGCUGCAGUGAAAAUGCUGUGACAUCCUUGUGCAGUUUUGCUUCAUUCAAACAAUUGAACAAUCUCCCCAAUCCCGUUUCAAUAAGCUUGGAAGCGCCCGAUUGGAGAGUACCGGAGUGCAAGCACCAAGCCUCAGUGCCCAUCGCUUAUGACUUUGCGCUCAGACUGGCAAAAUAUGACCUUACUCUUCUCCCAGCCGCGUCUAUCAUCAUAGCCUUCUACAACGAGUAUCCCACCGCGCUGCAUAGAACACUGCACAGUAUUCUUCAUCGGACGCCGCUACAGCUCUUAGAGGAAAUAAUUUUAGUCGACGACGGAAGCACUUUUCCUUUCAUCACGGAUGACAAUGCACCGCAGUCUCUGUCUCAAUACGUGAAGACACUCCCGAAAGUUCGCUUACUCCGCCACCAGACUCGGAAGGGAGUGACUGUGGCCCGGUCAACCGGUAUCCGGGCUGCGAAGAGCCAUGUAUUUGUAAUAUUGGACAGUCACGUGGAGGUUGGUUACCAAUGGCUUGAGCCACUGGUAGCUCGCGUGGCUUCAAAUCCGGAGACCAUAGUCUUUCCUGUAGUUGAUGCUGUCGACUACCGAACCCUGGAAUUCAAAAGUAGCGGGGUUGGUUGUACCCUGGGGCUGAUUUGGUCUGUGAUGGAGCAUGGCUUUGUUCCUUUGUCGCCUGAACGUCUUGCCUACUCUCCUGGAGCUUACCGCCCGUCCCCGACAAUGAUGGGAAGUGUGUUUGCAGCGGACAAAAACUAUUUCCUCCAGCACGGGGGGUACGACGAGGGGAUGAGAUUUGAGGGGGCCGAGAAUAUCGAACUCUCUCUACGCCAGUGGCAGUGCGGAGGACGCCUCGAGUGCUCUCCUUGUAGCCGAGUUUUCCAUCUUUUUCGAAGCGGCGCCGACGCUCAGCCGGUACCCUUAUACUCCCUUCUAGCCAACAAAGUGAGGACGAUGGCUGUGUGGAUGGAUGAAUACGGAGACCUCGCCUGGUAG